AUGGGCAAGGAGAACCCCUCGCUUUCCUUCAAGCGUGAGCUAUGGCCCUGUUACUCCCCAGCUGACAGACAGUCCUCAACCUGCUCUCGCGCGAGCGUGCCGUCUACGGCCUCCGCAACGGCGACAAUGAGCGGUACCGGUGAGUCUACCCUCUCUAGCUGCUACAACAUUCAGCAGUCGACAGGCCUGACGAACGGCAAGGGCAAGCAGUUCAAGGCCGCCCCCGCGCUCACCCCGGAGACGGUCAAGGACGCGAAGCACCUGCAGCUGCUGCUCUUCUCCGCCGAGCGUGCGCUUGCCUACUCGCACGAGCUCAAGGCUCUCGCGACGAAGCAGGGCGCUCCCCGCACCGCGCGCAAGGAGCAGAUGUCAUGGCUCCGCAAGGCGGCCAAGUACGCCACCGAGCUGCAGGACAUCACUUCUGCGCUCGCCAAGAACGGCGCCAGCAUCAACUUCCAGACCCGGGCCGAGGUCAGCAUCUACUACCUCUCUGUCAAGGCUGAGCUCGCCUUCGAGCGCGCGCAGUACGCCGACGUGCUCGCUGCGCUCGCCGCUCGCCGCGAGCUCCUCGACACGCUCGCGUCUGCGGCUAGGGACAGCCACGACCAGGCGCUCGCUGUCGAGUUCUCUGACGCCUACGACCCCCUCAUCCGCUUCUCGGCUUACAAGCUCGGCAACACCUCGAGCCACGACAUUGACGCCGUUGUUUCCGACAUUGAGCCGGCGAUGCGCGAGGAGGCCCUGCCCGGUCUCGCUCAGCUCGUCGAAGGUCUGAGGGAGGAGACCAAGGCUGGUGAGAUGGAGGCCGGCCGCCGGACGCUGGACGAGGUCGUGUUCGCCGGUCAGAAGGUCGAGUUCCGCUCUGCCGAGAUUGUCGAUGCGAUGCUCCGCGUCCAGGACGCCCAGGCGCGCCUCGCCAAGGCCCAGGGUGGAAAGGGCAAGGGCGGCAUGGCUGCUUGGGACCGUCUGCUUGGUGUCCUCGGCGACGCCGAGGCGGUCGCCCGCCGCCUCCUCGACGACCAGGUCGGUGCCGCUGGUCAGUCCACUGCCGCCGCUGCUGCCCAGACCGCACACCAGUACAUCUCCUUUGAGCUGCUGGCUCACCGUAUCCGCCGUGACCUGCUGCUCGUCGACUCGCUCGUCGGCACGACAAAUGCUCUCCCCGAGGACCCGACUGCUAUGAAGAUUGCCGGCGGUCGUGCCCGGGUCGAGGCGGCUGUCAAGGUCCUCUCCGGGGUCGUCAAGCUGUACGACACAGUGCUCCAGAGCAUGCGUCAGAUCCGCGGCCUGCCCCUCGUCGAGGAGCGGGAGGGCGCGCGCCGCGCCGCCGAGGCCGUCGAGGCAUACUACGCCGCCACGAAGGCGUACACGUUGGCCAGGCUGCAGUGUCUCUUCCCGAACCCCGGCUACGCUGCUGCUGUCGAGCUGCUCCAGUCCGCCCAGCAGAGCGCGGACACGGCAGCCCGUGUGCUGAAGGAGGGCGGGCUAGCCGAGGAGGUGGUCCAACUCUCGCCAGAGCAGGCCGCCAAGCUGCAGCAGGAUGUCAAGGCGCUCAGCCUGGCGGCGAAGCGGGCGCUGUUCGCGCAGACCGUGACCAAGCCCGUGUUCUUCGACUCGGCGUUCAACUACAUCGACUUGCCUAUGGAGGAUCUGCUCGAGCUGGCGGGAAGCGCUCCGCCAAAGGUACAGCAGAGCCAGCCGGCCAAGCCUGCGCCGGUGCCCAAGGCGCCCGUUCGCGAGACGAGGCAGGCCAUGCCCAGUAUCGAACAGCAGGUCCAGCACCAGGAGGAGGAGGAGGAGGAGCAGCAGCAGCAGCCGCAGCAGAAGAAGGGCUGGCUCGGAGGAUGGUUCGGCCGUGGAUAG